UGAAAUAAGAAGAAAGAGAGAGAAACUCUUGAUCUUCUUCUUCUUCUUCUUCUUCUUCUUCAUCUCUCUCGUUUUCAGUUGAUACUUCUUCAACAGCUUGUAAACAAAGCUGUAAUGGCGAGCCGAUACUGGAUGGUCUCUUUACCUGUUCAAGGCUCCGCUUCUUCUCUAUGGAAUCGUCUUCAAGAACAAAUCUCCAAGCACUCUUUCGAUACUCCUCUUUACAGAUUCAAUAUUCCUAACCUCCGUGUUGGAACGCUCGAUUCGCUCCUUUCCCUCAGCGAUGAUCUUCUGAAGUCGAACAGCUUUGUGGAAGGAGUUUCUCAGAAGAUCAGGCGGCAGAUCGAGGAAUUGGAGAAGGUUUCAGGUGUGGAGAGCAAUGUUUUGACGGUUGAUGGAGUUCCCGUUGAUUCUUAUCUUACUAGGUUUGUGUGGGAUGAAGCCAAAUACCCAACAAUGUCGCCUCUGAAAGACAUUGUAGAUAGCAUUCACAGCCAAGUGGCCAAGAUUGAGGAUGACCUCAAGAUUCGUGUUGCUGAGUACAAUAAUGUGCGGAGUCAACUUAAUGCCAUUAACAGGAAGCAAAGUGGAAGCUUGGCUGUCCGUGAUAUUUCCAAUCUUGUAAAACCAGAGGACAUAAUUACCUCAGAACAUCUAGCAACCCUUCUUGUGAUUGUUCCCAAGUACUCUCAGAAAGAGUGGCUAUCUAGCUAUGAAACACUGACUAGCUAUGUGGUUCCCAGGUCUUCCAAGAAGUUAUACGAGGAUAAUGAAUAUGCCCUUUACACUGUAACACUCUUUAGUCGCGUUGCAGACAAUUUCAAAACAAGUGCACGUGAAAAAGGGUUCCAGAUUCGUGAAUUUGAAUAUAGUCCAGAAGCACAAGAGAGUAGGAAACAGGAGUUAGAGAAGUUGGUGCAGGACCAGGAAAGUUUGAGAAGUUCUUUAUUGCAGUGGUCUUAUGCUAGUUAUGCUGAGGUUUUCAUUUCCUGGAUGCACUUUUGUGCCGUACGUGUCUUUGCUGAGAGUAUCCUGAGAUAUGGUUUACCGCCAUCCUUCUUGGCAUCUGUUUUGGCACCAUCUGUUAAAAGUGAGAAGAAAGUAAGAUCAAUCCUUGAAGGUUUGUGCGACAGUGCCAACAGUACAUAUUGGAAAACUGAAGAUGAAGUGGGAGGAGGGAUAGCUGGUCUUGGAGGAGAUUCUGAUGCACACCCAUAUGUCUCCUUCACAAUCAAUCUUGCUUAAUUCAUCAAAGUUCUGAAGGUUUGUUUUGUUCUCUAUAGAGCAAUAAUAGUGGAGUUGACCAGACCCUACAUUCAAUUAUUUCACUGUCAUAUUCCUAUUUGUGGUUGUUUAUGAAAUAAUUCCAUCUCAAGUUGUCCAUGUGAGGGUUUUGUGAAAUAUAUGAAGCUUACAUAUUUAUUGGAGGAUUUGUCAAUAAUCUUACAUUCUGAGAAUUACUGUGAGAGGACUUCAGCAUUUUUGGAAAGGUACGACAUUCGGUACUGAACAAAAUUACUACGAUGUACAACCUAUAGAACAGAUCUUGUUCAAGUGAAGUCGUUGCUUCAUGUUUGAUUUUAUUGCACUGCUAUGUUGUUUUUCAUGGUGAUUCUGCCAUGGUAGCCAUUUAUUGCAAGAGUUCAGAAAUAUAAUAAA